AUGAGGUCCAACGAUGGCAGGGAGGUGGAGAGAGUGGAGGCUGCCUUCGUGUGGGCCAACAACAAGAAGAUCUACCUGUUCAGCAUGGGUGAGUUCUGGAGGUUCCAGGAGGGCCGCAAGAAGGAGAGGAGGAAGCCGGAGGGGGGCUACCCCAGAGAUGCGGGCCUCUGGAGAUGGGUGCCCAUGGACCCUGAUGACUUCAUCAGCUGGGGAGAAGGUGAGGCCUUGAGAAAGACUUGAGACUUGAUGAGAUGAAAGUGGGCUCCAGUGUUAAUGUAGAGAAAGUGAUAGUUCAGGGUUGUUCUAAAUGACUAGGGCCAAGAGUUUUUCUGGGCCGUGUGACCUGACAGGUAAAAACUCUGCUUGGACUCCUUGACACCUUGACCUAAAAUUAUAAUUAGUUAUUAUUCAGUUGGUUGAAACUAGCAUGAAAAAUACUGUCUAGACCUCAGCUCUGCCUACUGUCCAACCAGAUAUCUUACCCAAGUCUGCAUGCCGGCUUGCAAUGACAUAAACAAUCAUUAAACAACCCACCCGCUUUUCAAAGCAUUUAAAAACAAUUGUUUGAUUCUGUUACCUAGGAGAUGCCUACUUCUUCAAGAUAACCUCUAUUGGGUGCUUAAGAAAGGAGGACUGAACCAAGAUAAUGUCACUCCAAAAUCCAUUGCGGUGGAUUGGCUCAGGUGUCCACAAGAUCCCACACCCCACAAGUGCUCACCCCCCACACCCCACCUUCUAGCCAAUCAUCAUCCA